AUGGGACAUUGUUUCUCUGCUCCAUGGGCCCGAUGGUCUACCCGGAAAGCUCUGUACGGACUGGACCUGAGGGUGAGGACACAGGUUAGCCGCAUGUGCUGCGUCUCGCACGAUUCCCUUUCCUGUCUUGGUGGUCGAAGAACAAGCUGAGCUGCGAGAACAGCACCGGCGUCCGGGCUGCUUCCUGUCCCGGCUGGCUAUGCUCAUGCUGAUUCCAGGAGCGACGACGAGGGCGGCGAUGGACUCUGGAUCAAUCUCGGCGGCAAGGGAUCCAGAGGCGCGCGAGGAGCCGUGCGUAUUGAAGAAGGGCGGUAACGCUUUGCCCGAAUCGGCCGUAGGCUCACCGGAUUCGGCCGUCGGAGCGGCCUCGGCGGACAUGCGUUGGUUGGAUCAAGGAGGGGGCUUUGACUGAUGUCCAGUCCUCCGGCGCUUCCUGCAAGACCUUCAAUUCUGGGGGUGGAGAUGUGGCGUCCGCAAACCCCGGGUGUCGCACACCUCCAUCGAGUCCAGCCUCCGCAGUGCCACGGCGGAAUCCUGCACGACAUUCAGUUCUGGGGGCGUGGGCGUGUCGUCGGCAUGAGUCUGCGACAAGACGCCGGCGGUCAUUCGAGCUGCGCCGUGCAGUCCUUAGGCCACAACGGUCCGGCUACGGGCAACACCACCAUCCGCGUUGGCUGGAAGCGCAGGCCAAGAGGUUCUCGUGCGCCAGACGAGACGGCUGUAGUAGUUGAUCGCGUUUUGCCGCUUGAAGCUGCCAUUCGAGGAUUCGCUGGUAGGGGGACUGAGGUGGUGGUCAACACGGCGCUUGGCACAAUUUUUGAUUCGCUGGCAGAGGCGUAUGAAUUCUACAAUCUCUAUUCGUGGGAGGUGCGGUUUGGGAUUCGAUACGGCAAAAGCAGGCAAAAUGUCAAUUGCACCAAAUGUAUGCAAGAGAUUGUGUGCGGCUGCGCUGGCAAACCAGAGAGGGAGAACAGUUGUGACAUGUGAUUUUCAUUUUCCAAUAAGGGAUGUCACAACUUGUUGGGACUGUAAAAUUGACUUAGUGCUGUUAUGCUUACAUUUCCUGCUUUGACGUUCCUCCUGAGGUUUUGAAAACGAGUUGAUAUGCUGGCUCGCUGUGUGGCGGCAUCUCUUUUAUAUUGGUUGAACCUUUUUCUGUCA